GGACAUAAUCUGUUAUGAGAUGUUAUGUGGUGUAAGAUUUCUUUAAUGUUAUUUGGAUUUGAGUUUUGUUUUGUUAUUCAUUGAAAGAGGGUUUAUACUACAUAGACAUACAACCAUGAAUGUGGAACAUUUAAAAGUAACUUCCCCCCAAACAAAGAGAAAUAGCUGAUGCCUGUGGUGAAGGGACAGGUUGGAACACAACAUAGAAAGGGUCCACGCCUGUGUGUUAGUGAGGAUUAUGCAAUCAUGUAUACCAUUGUGCUUGAAAGGCUAAAUAAAAUAUCUAUGAGACAUGAGCGUAUUUGAACCUGCUGUAAGAAAACAACUCCUAAACUACUCCUCCUCAAUUUCUGAGUGGUGAAAGAAAUGUCUCACUUUGUGAUGAAGCAAGUAAAGGAGACUGGCCACAGCAGCAAACUGUGUUUUAAGCAUUUGGAAGACUUUUCACAUGCAUAAUAUACAAAAAGAAAAAGAUAAUAAAAGAGGUGGCUGAUGGACGAGGACACUACAAGACAUUACCAGGUCUGAAGUCAUGGAGACACUGCUCCUGCUGUCCCUGCCUCUGCUUUCUGUGAUCAUUACACUUUGCCACUCACCACUGCGAGCACUUUAUCGAUGUGUGUGUGAGAAAGUGCUGAAGAUCCUCUGUGGAAAAGUCUGUGUCAGACGCACACAUGCCUACAUCUUCUCUGAGUGUACCCAUGGCCAAGCUGAAAGUGUGCUGGCCACGUUCGACCUUUACAGUAAAAAACAUGCUUCAGCCAGCAUCGGGCCAGAAAAAGGUUACAAAUGUGUGUUUCUGGAUGAAGUGAUACAACGCAAAGCUCCUCUCAGGGUGCUGGAGUUGGGAAUGCACUGUGGCUACACUUCUGUCCGAAUACUGCGUAUGCUUCCCACCUUUGGAAAAUUGUUCACAGUGGAGAUGGACCCACUUACUGCCGAAAAAGGCGAGGAGAUCAUACUUGUUGCAGGGUUUAAAAAUUCACAGUUCCAGGUUUUACCCUGUUCCUCAGCUGAAGCCAUCUCCAACUUAGCCUCCCACCUAGGUGAGGAACGUUUGGAUCUAGUGGUGAUGGACCAUGACCCUGAGCAAUAUCUUCCAGACUUUCUGGCCCUUCAAAGAUUUAAUCUGCUCUCUAAACACAGUGUCCUCAUAUUAAACAGAGUUGUGACAGCUGGAGCUCAGGCUGUGAUGGAGUACCUCAGUACCAAGCCACACAACUACAGUAUGUGCCAACAGGUUAAAGACAUGCUGGAGAUCCGCUGUCAUAUGGAGAGAGAAGACAAUUAACACUAUGCAAGCUAAGAAUUUUGGAUGUAAAAUAUAGACUGCUCAACACUUACAGCACCAAUCAUGAAAAUAAGCAUAAUAACACAAGAAAUGGAUGAUAUUCUUAGGUGAUUUGUGAGGUGAUCUGUAAAAAAAAAAAAAAAUAAUAAUAAUAAUAAUAAUAAUAAUAAUAAUAAUAAUAAAAAACAGGUUUUAAGUACUUCUUCAAAAUGACAAAAGAAGAAACAAGUACAAGAGACAAAAAAUAGAGAGUAGGCAAUUUAUUUAAAACUGCAUUCAAACUCAAACAGGCCGGUCAUCUGCUGAUUAACAGUUUAAGACCAUCGCCUUAAAAAGUUCAAAUCUGCAAAAAUAUGGCUUCAAUGUCAUUUUUCUUCAGACAGUCACAAUGUCAUGAUCUCCUGAUGGCAAAAGCAAAAAGGCUUUCUGUUUUUGUACAUGGCAGGAUUAUUGAGCUGCACAAGCAAGGGCUUUCGCAACGUGCCAUUGCUGGAGAGGCUGGACGCAGUAAGACAGUCAUUUAAUUUUCUUAAAAGAUCCCGAAAGUUAUGGGACAAAAAAAAUCACCUGCACCGAGCAAGAAAUGUCCAGCUCAGGCAGCCUUUUCCACCCACAAGUGUGUGUGUGUGUGUGUGUGUGUGUGUGUGUGUGUGUGUGUGUGUGUGUGUGUGUGUGUGUGUGUGUGUGUGUGUGUGUGUGUGUGUGUGUUUUGUGUGUCAUUCACUGUAAACUCUGUAGAGUCUGAAAACUGAAGCUCUUGACCUCUAUCUGCAUUAUUUUCAGUGCUGCCACAGGUUUGGCCAAUACAUUAGAAGAUAUAGAGGUGUUCCUAAUAAAGUGGUAAUCAUGAUCAUAAUCUGAAUUGGAUAGAAUCAAGUAUUAGAUGCUUUAUUAAUUGGCUACAGUAUGUUACCCAUCAAUAAGUUCACGAGUCUGUGUAUGUGUGAUGCCUUCCGGUGCCCUGGUGUCCCAUUCAGGGUGUAUUCCUGUCUGAGUGAAUGAAUUAAUUCAUUUUUUUGCAUUUUAUUGUUGUUGCUCUUUAUAUGUAUAAUUUGUUGUAUUUUUAUAAAGAUUCAGAAUAUAACAGGAUGAUAAAAAGUGACAGUUUGAAAUUAAAUAUCCAAUUGUAUAAGAAGCUAACCAACAGGAGAUAAACUAUAGAACAUAUCAAGAGACAACACUGAUGGCAUCUAGAGAUAUGGCUUUUUCUUGUGAAAAAUCUGUCCAUCUGACUGCACUCUCCAGGUCACUGUGGUGCUCUCCAGCAUGCCAUAUUCACCCAGCUUCUGCUUGACCUACAAAACAGGAAAAUCACUUAUAAGUUUGUUUUGCAAUCUUUAUUGAUAUUCUUUUAACCCAGAGUAACUCAAGGGCACCUCAGUCGUGGCCGGCCCGAGACUGGAACCCACAACCUUAGGAUUACGAGUCAGACUCUCUAACCAUUAGGCCACGACUUGAACUUAUAAACAUUAAUAAAAUGUUAACAGCGUAACAUUUUAGAAUUGAAAUAAUAAUCGUUAGUAAUCCUCCUGUUCAAUAUAUUUUAUUCAUUAAUGAUCUGUUAAUCGCUAUAAUUAGCUAUAAAAUGAUUUGGGUGUAAUCUGUAAUAAUAAAGGUGUGACUCACCAGCUCUAAGAUGGCUUUCUGCACAUCAGAACCAAACAUGCUUGAGCCAGACUUCACUUGGAGUCUCAU